UUCAAGAUGGCCGAAGCAGAAGGAGCGAGCAGUGUCAACAUUCAAAAUUCACCCGGUGGUAAUAAAGCAAUCUUGAGAAUUAAAAGGAAACGAAGCGCAGAUCCAGCGGAUAUAUUAUGUAAGUGUAUAUGUCGUAUAAUUUUAGCGCUUGAUACUACAAAUUACAGGGUGUACUUUUGAUGUACAAAUCAUUACUGAAAGUAUGUAUCGUACGAGAGCUGGCUAAAUCAAGACUUAUUUAUUGAGCAUGCGACUUUCAUUGGUAGGAACGUAAAAUUUAAGGGUAAUUCUGCACAGCACUUGAAUUCAACACUCAAUUAUAAAUGAAUUUACUGAACUGCAAAGUUGAGUAGUUGACUAGACUUGCUAUACUGUCGCUGGCCUGAAUUCCAUAUAAACAAUACACUGGACUUAUGCCAAGGCAAGUUUAUGCUAUGCCCACUUUGACAUACUAUAAAUAUAAUUUCUAAAUACCAUUAUAUGUGUAAAUGACAUGAGACAAAGACUGAAUGACUAAGAGACAUGCAGAUAUCAUUACAGUUGCCAUUUUUAUACCAUUCGCGCUGUAUAUGUGUAGAAUAUAAUUAAAACUCAUUAAGACUUAUUGAUGAUAUCUGCAUCAUAAUCAUUGUUUAAGUUCAUUAUUGCACUUAUAAUCUUUUAAUGUUAUCUUUCCCUAGUGGUUUCUCAUGCCUUUAAAAAGGCCUUCACUGAUGAAGAUCAUAAACUUUCCUCUGAUGAACAUAAGUCAGGUAUAAUUUGAAAAAAUAGACUGUUUGACAAACAGUUCAAUUUAACUAUGUAUGUUUAUAUAAUUAUUUACAUUUCACAUUCAGUUCAAAGAGUGUUCAGACUUGCUGGAACUGUUUCAAAGAAAAAUGAUGAAACAAUAUCUCAGGAAAUUUUGGUAGGAUUUUCAAUGCCUUCUGUUUACUUGCACUUACCAUUGACUAAAAAAUCUAAUCCUUUUCCAGACGAAACUGUCAUCAAGUGAUAGACAUAAAUCAAAAGUAAAAGUCAACACUAGAAACGAGUUGACUGUUGAUGCAAUUAAUGCGAAACUGAGAGAGACAAAAAAGGUUUGAAUGAAUUUAAUGUUGUACCAUAUCUUUGUACAUCUUGUAUAUGGCAAGGUGGAAAAAAUAGUCAAGCCCAGGAAAUGUUAAACAGCUGUAGGAAAUUUGUUAGAUUGAAGGGAAACCCUAAUUAUAUGUAUGUUCUAUUAUUGGCCCAACAAUAUAUGGUUGACAGACAUCUUUCCUUGAAGUUAAACCAUGGCCAACUGGAUCACUAUGUUUAGGCAGUGGGGAGAGGGGGGCAACUCCCCCUCCCCCAAUAAUUUUGGAGAGCCUCUGAAUGAUAGCUGAAUAACUAGCUGUGUAGCAAAGGUGUAACAAUAAUGUUUCAAUCAUGAAAACCUUGAUAGGCUAUGUAUUGCAUGAAAUUUAAAGCAAAAAAGUUUAAAAACUAAGAUUUUCAGGACCAAAAGAAGGCUAUAUGUUGGUAAACUAAGUUUGCCCCUCCAACAUUGUGUUUAGGCACAAAUGUAGUACACAAAUAUUCAGUUGACCUGUAGGAAAUGUUUAUUUCCACAAGCAGUCCUGGGAAGAAAAUUAUUUUCUCUAACCCUAGUGCAAGUUGCUUGUCGUGUUACUCUGAGUGUAUAAUCACACCGGGCAAGCUUGACAGGCAUUUUCAAGCUUGCUUGGUGUGGAUAUACACUCAGAGUAACACCACAAGCAUCAUAUUCACCUGAGUACAUUACACCAACACAGAAAAAACCUGGUAUAAGUUGUUUAUAAGUACAAGUUCUUGUUUUGUAGUUGGCAAGGCAAACAUCCAGAUACAAAGUUGUUUCCAAACACAGAAACGACGUUGAGGAUGAUGAUGAAGAUACGGAUGAGGUAGAUGCCGCAAUGCAAGAGAUGAUGAAACUAUAUCAACUGUAUGAUGUGGUGUUAGAUGAAGCUCAAUCUAGGUGAUAUAUGUAGGAAUUUAUCUUGUGUUAAUAGACAGUUCCAGCUAUCGACUAAUUUCUUUAUCUAGACAAGAAAGACGAAAUCUAUCGUUAUAGCUCAAAAGAGCGUCCUAAAAUUAGUAACAUUGCAAAGUUUGGUUGCGAAAUGUUGUAAAAUACGGAAAAUAUAGCCAUGUGAAAUUCGCGAAUUUUCAGUAUUUUUAUAGUAUUACGCGCGGUAAAAAUAACCACUUUCGGCUCAAAAAUGGUUAUUUUUACCGCGCGUAAUACUAAAAUACUGAAAAUUCGCUAAUUUCACAUGGCUAUAUUUUCCGUAUUUUACAACAUUUCGCACUACCACACUUUGCAAUUUUACUAAUUUUAGGAUGCUCUUUUGAGCUAUAUUAGGGACCGGUCAAUAUUUAUGGCGGGGGGUGGCACCGAAGAGAAAAGGGUUGGGUAAAUGAAAAACAAAACAACUCAGGGGUUGGGUAAUAGAAAAUUAUUGUCAUUUCCAAAGCAUGAUUCACUGAAAUAUUGGAGACUAAAAAGCAAUGUCAACAGUAGUCAGUCAUAUGUCAAUACAAUACCGUAUGUGAAUCAAUCAGAGUGACUAUCCAUUGAUCAUUUUCCGAUUUGUUGUGAGACAAAUGGUACCUCCAAAGAAAGUACAUGUGCAGACAACAUGAAACUUUAAACUGCAGAAAAUUUUACAAUCCGUUAUCAAACUCAUAUGACAGAACGUCACACUAUUGUAAAGUUUUUGGCCAGGGAUGGGUAUUUAUUUUUAAAUUGAUAUUUGAGGUUGGGUAAUCAAAUUUUUGACUUUUUAAUGGUUGGGUCAGCAAAAUUUUUGCCACGAAAAACAUUUCUCUUCGGUACCACCCCCCACCAUAAAUAAUGACCGGUCCCUUAUUAGACCUAACCAGGAGCAGUUGUAAAAAAUGCAACUAUAAGCCCUGCAAUUAUAAGCCCGAACCUUCGACAAGGCGCCUCUGUAGCUCAGUUGGUUAGAGUGCUGCACCGGAAUCGCAGGGUCGCAGGUUUGAUUUCUGCCAAAGAACCUAUAGUUCCAUUUUGCGCAACAGCUACUGGCUAGGUCUAAUAUAAAUAUAUACAAUUGUAUACGACAAUUAAUUCUAUCGAGUGUAGAUACCCAGAAUCCUGAUAUUUACCCAUUAAAAUGAGUAAAUGAGACCUGAACCCUUAGUAACUUUAGAUACAAACAAUGACAGCUGCAUGCAUGAUCGUAGAAUAAUAUGGAUAAAAAAUUCAACAGAUUCCAUAUUUUUACACAGCCAGUUCUUUAUGUGCAUCGAAAAUUUAAUCUAGGAGUGUCUGAUAAAACCAAUGCUAUGGCUGUUUAAAAACAUGCAUGUCUACAUGGUUUACCCAAUGGACCAUUGGAAUCAUGCAUCUGUUGUGUAAAGUAUCAAUAGGUCUGAUGACUCCUCACUUUAAACGUUUCUACUAGAUCAAUGUUAAUAAUCUUAGUGUGAACAUUCAUUUCUUAGAUUAAAUUUUCGAUCCUCACUCACGGGUGGAAAAAAUAUUUUGAACAUUAAUAUUGGACAUUUUCUGCAAAUAAUCAAGUAAAUCGACACUCGGACACUGUAAUUGUGUGACACUAACAAGUUUUCAAACUGGUCGUCAUGCUAUGUUUUAACAGGAAAAAAAUAUUUCAGUGCAAUGAGAAUACUAAUAAGAUUUUUGGAAUAUAACUUAAAACUAAUAUAGAUAACAUGCAUCAAUUAAGGGUUGGAUCCUAAGGUAAAUACAUAUACCCAGGGACGCCGGAACGAUGUGAUGGCAAGGGGGGCAGAUUUUCGUUAAAGGGCACUUUUCAAUUGAUAUAUACUAAGAGAUGUUUGCAAAACAUCCGGAGUUGAAUUUUGCCUUAUCGUGUUUUCUAUUUAUUGGAUGAUAGGGGUGUGAGGGGGUUCUCCGCCAGGCGAUUGCGCUAUUCUUGAAGCUUGAUAACUGCAUUUCUUGCGUUUUCUGAAGCAAAUUCGUAAAAGAAUUGCAUUAACAUUUCUGACAAUUCGCUAUUUUUCGCCAAGGCAAUCCUUUAAAUUGAAAGGGCAACUUUGCCCCCCCCCCCCUUGCCCCUCCUGGUCAGGGCCGCCGAGAGCUUGGCGGGGGCCCGGGGCAAAAUAUUUUUUAGGGGCCCCUAUUGCAAAAAUUUUCCGGAAAAAAAUUUUUCGGACAAUAAAUUCUUUUUAGGUGCGUUAUAAUUGCUUUCGUUGGACUUUUCCGCAAUUUUCCAUACCAAAUUUCGGUUCAUUGCCCGCAAAACACAAAUAUUUUGGCCCGGAAACAGAAAUAUUUCGCCCGAAAAAAUGACUGGGCCCAUUAAAUUUCUAAUAUUAAAUUUCUAGGGGCCCCCAGAGCCUCGGGGCCCGGGGCAAUUUGCCCCCCCUGCCCCCCCCCCCCUCUCGGCGGCCCUGCUCCUGGUAAAGGGCAACGGGGGCGGCUGCCCCUCCUGCCGCCUCCCCCCAGUUCCGGCGUCCCUGCAUAUACCAAAAACGGCACUAUACUAGGAGGCACUACAGUAUUAGGGAAUCCCUGCUCCCUCAGAAAGUCUUGAAAAUCAUGCACGUGUUCCAGAUUUGCUAAAAAUGCAUGUGCCAUACAACAUUUGUUACAUCAUUCUAUAGUCUAUACAUUUAUACACUAUCGCACUAUUAAGAUGGAUGCACUGAUAAUUGCAUUUCUGAGGUCAUAACUAUAGUAUAGGUAACAUUCUUGAAUGAAUAAUUUCUUUUUCAUUUUUCAUCAGCCGAAUGAAUAAUCUUUUUCAGUCAUUGAUCUUUUGUCUAUUAAAAUGCAGGAAAUUUUCCCCAAAUCUUGACAAAAAGAAAAGAACGCCCAGGAAAUCUCCACGAAAAUCACCGUCCAAAUCCCCAGGAAAACUAUCUUCCCAAAGAAGCUUGUACUCCACUUUUCAGAGCAUCAAAGGAAGUGACGCGACGGGUUCAUUUGUUUUGCCCUCACCAUCCCAGAUUGAUCCAGCAGUUUUUGCUGAGCUACCUGAAGAGAUUAAGAAAGAUAUAGAGAUUUCUUACCAACGGAAGAACCUCAGAAUCGGAGUAAAAGUUGCAGAAAGGGUAAGAUUUAUGAUUUAUUUAAAAAUGUAGUGUUUGCAACCAAAUGGUUGAAAUACUUCCAUCAUUUACAUUCUACCAUUAGAUCACAUUGUCUAUAACCGGUGGGGACUAAAAAAGUGGACAAAUUUCAACACCGCUGUACAGACGUUGGUGUACUAGACAAACGUUGCCUGUAAAAGUUUAAGUGAAAGCUUGUUUUAUCGACUAUAAUACGACACAUUUGCUGUUAACAGGCUGCAACUCUGCUCUGCAACCAGCAUUUUUGGCUUACAAUGAACUAACCCAAAGAAUCUUCAAAUUAACAGACAAAAUGUGCAAAUUGGACAAAACAGUGUGAUUUGUGCACUCUCUAGUAUAAAGAAAAUGCCUUUUUUGAAGAUUCAGAUAAUUAUCAGUGGCCUAGAGAAGUCCAAUGGACCUGGUACAAUGCAUGAAUUUGAUAUAUUUGGGUGACUGUCAUUGACAGGAGAUGUCCUUGAAAUUGCUACUCACAAUGAUUUAAUUAUAAUGAAAAUAAUAUAUUAUUUUCAAUCAUGAUAUCAAUCAUCAUAAGGUGUUGGUACUAUUAUGUGAGAAUUUUCUUUGACGUUGCGUCUCGAAAUAGUGGCUUAUGGCAUCGGUAUGAACACUGUGGGCACGGCACACUAAUAUAUUAGGGCCAUUUAUACGAGACAAAAUAAGUCGCGACUUACAUAAGACGCGACUUAAAUAAGACGCAAGAUUGUCGUAUAAAAGGUACAAAAUUCUUAUGUAAGACGCGUCUUGGAUAAGACGCGACUUAAAUAAGAACAGGAUUUUUAGCUGUUCUUAUUUAAGUCGCGUCUUAAAUAAAUCAUUUUGGAUAAAAUGUCUGAUUACAUAUGCCCUAAACUUGAAACAACGUAAACUUAUUAGCCUUGCAUAUUAAAAUAAAAACAACCAAAACAACAUUAUAGCUAUAGCAAGUAAAUAAGACUAGAGCCGUAAAGAACCAUUUAUACGAUAAUUCCGCUGAUAUAGACGCGUCUUAUGUAAGUCGCGACUUAUUUUAUUCCGUAUAAAUGGCCCUAAUGUGUAUCUCUACAGUGGUUUCUACAUCGAAGGUCUUGGUUUUUUGGACUUCUCCAAAGCGAUUUUUACUCCAUCUGACAUUUCUAUGAUCUCUAUUUUCUCUAUAAAUAUAAGCUUCCUUAAAGCAAUUUUGACAUUCCGUACAUUCCAUUGACAUAUUUCGUUUGCGUUCUUGUGGGCUCCAAAUAGAUGUGUCAAACUCAUUUUACGGCUUGGUUUUAGAUUGUCCAUUUUUUUAGUCUCCAGCCGUUAUUUACGUAACAAUUAUUCGCCGAAGGCGAGGUGAUUAUCGGCGAAUAAAAACCGAGACGAAGUCGAGGUUUUUAUUCACGAUAAUCACCGAGCCUGAGGUGAAUAAUUGUUUUAGUAUAAUUUCAUAGGUGAUUAUUUGGAAAAAAAAUAAGAAAAUUUCUUCGUCACAUUUCUUCGUCAUUUAAUUGACAAAAAGGCUUCGGCCGCCAUUUUGAAAAUCGCUUAGGUGAUUAUCGCGUAAUAAUCACCUCAACGGCAACCAAUCAGCGUGGAGAAUUUUCAAUAAUCACCUAUGUAAUUAUACUAAAAAUAAUUAAUAACCGACAGUAUAUCUAUAGGGUUGAAAAAUAACUUUAAUUGGCUCAAAAGUGAAAGUGUUUAUAAUAUAUUGGCUUGGAAUAAUACUUGAAAUAAUAGUAAGAACUUUACAGUUUAAUGUCAGUAACCAUGCUAAUUUAUGCUAUAAAGUUACUAUUUUACCAACUUUAGGCUCCUUUAACUCAAAAUUGCCUAGAAAAAAUCUCACUGCUCGCGUAAAUAUAUCUUACACAUAUUUUUUGCGAUCUUUCUAAUGGUAUAGUUUAUUUUUGUGUGAACUUGAAAUGUUGCAUUUUUCAUCAACAUAUACAUGCAGUAGUACUUUAUUAGGCAACAAAAAUAUAAAAUUUUCAAAUUUCGACUAUAAAGCCGAAAUCAGAGGUGCCAAUUAACAUUUAACAAUUAUUCGCCGAAGGCGAGGUGAUUAUCGGGGAAUAUUCACCGAGACGAAGUCGAGGUGAAUAUUUAAUAGAUAAUCACCGAGCCUGUGGCGAAUAAUUGUUUUAGUAUUUUUACACAAGUCUUUUGUGUAUUUUGGGACUGAAUUUACUUUUAUUUCGCUUAUUUCUUUCUCAGUAACGUCCACAAAACGGCUAGCCGCCAUUUUGAAAAUUUCGGUUUUGUUAUAUUCACCUGCUGGUGAAUAUAACAGCUUAAUACGUCAAAUUUGACCAAAAUCAACUUGCAGGAUUUGUUACAUUCACUUGUGCAAAAAUACUAAAUAGUCUUGUUCAGCAAUGUUUAAACUGUAAGGAAAUGCUAGUUGGUGACUUAUAAUAAAAAAUGCCAUCAGACUUUUCAGAAAGUUGGCUGGUCGUCUAUAUGGCAAUAUUGUCCUUUGUUCGGUGACGUAUAGUCUUCAGAGUAAGCGCUUUCACCUAGGAGUUCGUGGGUUCGGUCCUCGCUACAGACUCUAUGUGAAAAAAGUCAGUCAAUGAUCUGUCGAACGUCGUGGGUUUUCUCCGGCUGUUUUGAUUUCCUCCCACAGGGAAAGUUGAGAGGGUGGGUUAGGAUAACUGACACUGUUAAGAAAGCAAUAUCACAAUUGUUGUAAAGAUAAAAUAGUCUAGGCCAAAUAAGUAAUUAGCUAAUCGUAAUACUUGAUGUAAAGCGCACUUGAUCAAUUCCACAUGCGAAUUUGCGCUAUACUGUAGAAAUGUCAAUUUGCAAUUAUUGUUUGACCGCAAUUUUUGCCUGUUAUUUUAAUUCGACGAAGGUCUACACGUUGUAUAAUAUGCAUGCUCUUUCCUUUUUCUUUUUAUCUAGUUUUCUUCCGCGGCGUCAGGUGUUUCGGAAGAAAUUAGAUGUCAGCCAGCAGUACCGACCAAGAAUUUAAAACAAGAUCACGAGCGAAACGAGACAAAGACGAAAAAAUCAAAAGUGAAGCAUAAAAGCAUAAAACGUUUUGCUUCCAAAAAGGUCGGUGUUCGUUUUGCCGGAAAUGCUACAAUACUAAUCAAUUACCUCCACCGGUGUUUCGUUCAUUGCGUUGAAUUCCUGAUGAAGAUUAGCCAUUAUUUUUCGUUAACGCGAUUUUCAAUUGCGGUCGCUUUGCCCGCGCGGGCGGAGCGAACAAUUUUAAUCACGUGAAAAAUCAGUCGCCCGGGCACGCCAAGAAAGUUGAAUGUAGUUCUACUUUCAUGGCGUGUCCGCGGACAUUCAGGCGGACAAACGAUGCAGAGGAUAGGCAACUACAGAGAAAGUUGAGUAAUGUUCGCUCCGCCCGCUCGGGCAAAGCGACUUCAUGUAAUAGAAAAUUGCCUUGAAUUGUCUUUUGUGAUUGUUUCGCACGUUCGUUGCAUCCAUGGUUUAUCUUCAGUAAAUACAGUUGAGUGUUUACAGGAUUGCUGAAACGAGCUGCUUCGAACGUUGGUUGGCUUCUAUUUACAGUUGGACUAAUUGUCAACUGCAGAAUUUAUGCUCGUACGCAAUUAUCAAUAAUUGUUGAAGCUUUCUAGAGGACCGACACCCCUACAUUCCCUUCCUGAAUUCAACUUUCAUAGCAAUCGAUUAAGACUACGUCACACCACACCGGAGCGAAAUAAUGCGGGCGGAAUUUACGUGUGUUCACAACACGCCGUUACAGUUUGUUUUCAAAUCAAAUUAGCACUCAUGUAAGCCCAAAAUAUUUCAAAUAGAGCAAAGAGAUUUAAACGAAAAGCAUUGGAAGUUAUUGUUUAGAGAACUGAGAUGCUUGGCUUGCAGGCGAUACAAAAAAGUAACCGCGUUUGUGGUCACACGAAGCCGCCAAGCGCUCCGUUUUUAUCUCGCUCCGUUGUUACGGCAAAAGUGACGUUUUCACGCAUCUGAAAUUAGUCCUAUACGUUUUUGUUUCAGAUACAGUUUAAUUCUGGGGUGCAUGGUACUUUUUACAAGAUGUUUUCAGGGUUUUCAGUUACAGUAUGUUUUAUUUUGUAUAACAUUCCCUGAUAAGAACGCGAAUUUUACGCAAUGAUGCUUUUGCAUGUUGAAGUGUUCGUCUGUUGGCGGGAGAAAUAAAAAAAUCUAAAAGUUGUGUGCAUAAAUAUUUCUUCGAAUAAACCGAAUAUCUGACUAAAAUAUACCACUCUUUUCAAUCUUUUGUAAUCGAGGAGGAUGCAUGCUUUCCGUGUAGACAGGUCAUUGCUUAGGUGACUAAUAUCCGCCAUUUUUGGGUGGCAUCUAAUUCUCGUUAACCAAUGCAGACAAUUAAAACAAUGUGAAAAGCAAUUUUUCAAAAUAAAGUAACCAUUUACAAAGCAAAUUUACUAACAUUCGUCCAAAAAAUUAUAAAAAGUCGCUGUUAUGUGGACUUAUCUCUUAGACUUCGGCUGAAAUGCCACCCAGAAAUGGCGGCGUGAGAAAGGCUAAUUCGAUUAUACUAUUGUUAUUGAUAUAUUUUAUAGUGAUCGCAACUAUAAUUAGAUUGUUGUCGUUGUGUGAAAUUUAAAAAUGCUAACUUAAGCGUAAUCUCGAAGGGCCUGUGCCAGUAUAGGUAGUUACCACUGGUGGUAGUGACAAGAAUGCUGCACCUGAUUGGUAGUGAUACAAGGAGAACUUUUACGUUUCGAGCGCAGGCCCUAAUUCGUCUGAAAGUUAGUAUUCCAUGCAGUGGCAGUGAUACAAUCGCCAACGGUCUGUGCCAUUCGAGACUAACUUCUUGACGAAGGGCCUUCGCUCGAAACGUCGAAGUUGUCCCUGUAGCCCUAUUUGCUGACGGAGUUAAUUAUUCAGUCUCUGAGUACCUCUAGUUCUAAUUACUAAUCUUUUUUAUUGCUUAUUUAGUCAAAUAAGGAUGACGAUAUCCUUGAGCUAGACACCAGCGUUCUUGAUGCUUUGCCAGAAUCUAUGAGACACGAAGUUCAGCUAGCCUAUGAACAGCAAAAACGACAUGACGAAAAAGAAAAGAACAAACAAUUGAAUCUAAACACGAAUGCUUGUGUAUCUAAACAUACCGAGCCUAGAAAAGAAAUUGAAACAGAUAUGGCGUCAUUGUCAGCGCCCAAAGUAAGUACAUUAAUAUUCUCGAACUCGCUUAACUCGAAAAUUUCGUUUCCCCUUGGUCAAAUUUACCCAGUUAACUCAACCUGUAUUUAGUUGAGACGUGAAUCAGCAAACCUCAAAAUUUCAGAACAUAUUUCUAUUCAGACAACAAUCAUUUAAUCGGUCUGUCAACGUAAUACAAGGCGAUAAUGAGAUAAAAGGCUCAACAAUUUGCACCGAUCAUUACUGAUCUAGCUUAUAGGCAUUGUUGGUAGGUACUGUACAUAGAUAUCUUAUAUACACUAGAUAGCGCAUCUCUUUUAGUAAAAUUGACGCCAAGAAUAUUCCAGCAGUUACCCCCAUUUGAAUAGAUGGCGGCCAUGUUGGUCGUUCCCACUUGCUAAUAAACGCUUAAAAACAACAAUAACUUUCAUCAUUUGAAUAGUUUAAAAACGUAUUUGGAAUAGGGUUAACUUCAUGUUUAAGUUCCGUGUUUAAGAAACAGGAAAUAUACGAAUCUUCUCAUUUCAUGGGAACGACCUGAGACUGCAAUCACGGCUUCAACUUUUGAAUUGCAGAAUAAUUAGAUGUACUAUCUAGUGUAUAUAAGAUAUCUAUGGUACUGUACUGUUAAAAAUGUGAUAGGGACUGUUUAACUUUACUAGGUCACGGCAGCGCAAACUUUCUAAAUUCUAUAGAGAGUACAUCGUAAUGGCUCACAAUUGUAUAUGCUUUAUUAAAGAAAAAUGGCAACAAUAUAGAAAUCCUUUUUACCAAUUUUUCCGAACUGUGCUAAUUUUUUAGAUAUUUGAAACCAAAACAUCCUGCCAUCCGCCAUCUUGUUUUAUAAUUACAUCUAAUUAAAUGCGUCACAAAUAGGGUAGACAACUAAAAAAUAAUAUCAGUGGAAAGCUUAUACAUAGCUUGUACAUUCAGUUUAAAAUUGGAUUUAGCAUUAAUUUAAAAUGCCCUGAGAAUUGAUCAAGAUACAAAAUAGUGUUACCGUGGUUGUGACAUCACGCAUAUCCGCAUAUCCAAGAUAGCGGAACGCAUCAUUUCAUUGUUGAAAUGAAGUGUAAUAUCUUUUAUACCGAGAACGAUAAAGAAAAUCUGUGAAAAGGUUAUGAAAUAUACUGAAUCUUUUUUCCAAAUGGGAGAAACUUAAUUUUUAUUGCUAUUUUCCUUGAAUGUGAAUAUGUAAAACAUAUGACAUUUUUGUGUGUGUUGGUCCCAAAGGUCGCGGAUUCGAUUUCCACCGUGGUCAGGCAAACUUUUCAGCUUGCCCGGUGUGGAUGCACACUCCGAGUAACACCACAAACAUCAUGUUUACACAAGUUCUAUACAUGAAGGGCUAACCCUAUACCUACCAUUAUAUAGGGCUGGUUUUAAUAGUUUUUAUUUCGGAAUAUUUACUUCCAGGUUACCCUUGCUGGUGCUAAAUCACUGUCAGAUGUCCGAAAAAUGUUAAAACUGUGGACUAAUGACACACAAGGUAGGCUGCGUUUUCUUCUGGAUGCAGUGCAGAUAGUAUAAGUUAACUCGUAGUGUCUACUGUGAAUCCAAAUCCAUCUUUCUGCGUCGGAAUAGAAUUGCAGUUGAAUCCAGUGAGCUGUAUAUCUAACUACGAACGCAAGUAUUAUUGUUUAAAUCGAGGUCAAAAUACGAAAUUUCGGCACACUCCUUGCACACCGCGCAGACAAAAGCAAUAGAAAGGGGCUGAAACUCACUGUCCAAUUGCUUCAUCUUUUGCUUCACUUUUUGGCCUUGAGUUCUCGCUCCAGAUACUGUACGCACAAAAAUCUCACAUCUUAUAGCAAGUCUGUCAACAAGUUGUGUUCGCAUUGCUUGUCCCAAAUAUUCAACAAGUUAUUAACAGCUUGCCCCAAAAUGAUUAGAACAACUAGGAACAAGCAGUGGGAACACAACUUGUGCGUUUUUAUACGUGUGUAGUUAAUUUAUAUAAUAGGUAGAAGAGACUGGAAGAAUAGAGCUAUAUAUGUUUGCAUUGUAUCGGAUCGGUUUUUACUUUGUUCGCGAAACGUUACGACCCAGGUGUAAACAGCUUCCGCCCAACUUUGCCUUCGUCUUUUCUUGUAAAUAUUUACCAAAAACAAAAAUAUUGGAGACGAAAGAGUGAGCAAGCUACUGUAUAUACCUGUAAAUAGGGUUAGAAGAGCAAGUGUUUGUUUGCUAGACGCCAUCUUGAAUGACGAAUUGAACCCAAAAUUACUACGAUUUUUUGUUUACAUUAUAAUGACAGCGUUGCAAUAGUUGAUACGAUUACAUCAUUUCAUAUUUAAGCACAAGGCCAUAUCCAUGCAGCAUUGUUUUUGCGUCGUUACGCAAGCUAUCCGACACAAUGUAAACAUGCGCUAAAAUAUGCACAUAAAGUAUUUAACUGUCUAUUGGGCCUUCAUUUAUUAAGGCCGUUUUCCACUUCAACCGUAUCGUAACGUAGCGUAGCAGUUUCUCUAGUGCUCAGGAAGCAAAGGAAAACGCUACGGUAAGAUAGUGAUACCGUAGAAUUGGAAAAUGGCCUUGAAGCAUAGUCGAUAGAAUAAGAAGGUUAGGAAACUCAGCAGACAUAACAGACGUAAAUCGCCUCAUUAUCUAUGUCUUGUUUUUUUUGCAAGAAAUGGUCGGUUCAUCGCCACGUGUGUAUUGUAUUUUGGCCAGAGCAACCAAUAGCUACAGUAUGUUUUCAUUUAACCAUUGUGUAAUAUACAGUAACGACUGAGUACAAACACACUGCUAUUGAUUGGUUGGGCUUAGAAACAAUACACACGUGACGAUGAACCGACCACUUUUGUGCAUAAAUCAAAACAAAAACAUAGAUACCGACAUAUAUUAAUUAAGCUCGGCGCACACUGGAGCUAUCAGCUGAGCUGAGCGUCACCGUAACUGUUUGCGUAAGCAAGUUCCCCCAUUGUGCGGUGGCAUUUUGAGCGAUUUCAGCCACGCGUGCCAUCAGCACCGAAUAUUCAUCAUGGUGAAUUAUUUCAGUCACGAAUGAAAAUUUCCUCCAAGUGUGCGCGCUCGAAAUGCUUUCACCUUCCAUUGUAGAUCGAAAAGAUAAAAGACAAAAGACCAAAGGAAAAGAAUUAUGGGGAAUAUUCAUCAAUGUCGCUACUCGAGUAUUAUAUUCUCGCCGACAAAAACAAUAGAAAGCGACUGAAACCGAUGUCCAAUAGCUCCUUCAAUUUCCGGCAUCUUGGCAAGGGUGUGUCGAGAGUUCGUAAUUUGACCUUGAUUUACAGGAUAACACUAUCGUUUUAUGAACUGAUAACUUGGUUAGCGAUACCGUCCGUUAGAAAAAACUGGAUUUAGUUGGGGGGAAAUGUUAUCAAAGUCCUGUGCGUCUCGGCAUUAAGACAACCUUAUUUGUCAUUUAACCUUACCCUGCCAUUGUAUUCACCUACAUGUCUACGAUAGUCGAUAGAUUUACCUCCCAGUUACUGAUAGCGUCUUUUAACAUGCGAUAGUUCCGUUAGAUGAGGAUGUCUGUGUAUUGGAGGAAUAUUUGAGCAAUCUUAUCAUUCACAAAGAUCUGGAGAAGAUGUGGCUAGUUUUGAAGUGUUAUCGCAGGUAAUGUUACCACGGGAUGCGUAGAGUAAAGUCGAACGUUCGGUCCAAGUGUAGACAUAUGUCUCUCACACGGCUGCUGCCUGUAUAGAAAAGUCGAGAAUUUUAAAAUGAUGUCUGAACUGAAAAUUAGGGAAUGUUGACAAAACUGGUAGUUGAGGGUCUAAUGAAUUAAAACAACAAAACAAAACUAUAGAGGAGACUACACACCUCUGGCAACGAAUUAAGUUACUUGUAUGUACAUAUCAUGCAUAAAUUAUACACUGGGCUAAUUACGCAUUCAAUUUACUCUGCCUGGUAAAGCAAAGAUAAACUUUUGCUAAUUUCUCGCGUUAAUCAAUUUACCCUUGGGCAAUGACAAUACACCCUUUCAAUAAUUACGUCACAACUACACUGUUUUCAACUUAGGACCACCUUAAAUGGGAAUGAUUUCAACGUUUUUUCUCAUGAGCUAUGCACAGAGAAGCAGAACCUCCUUCUUCAAAACAUGCAUGAAAAAUAAUUCUUUAUUUUGACAUAUAAAUGUGGAAAUAAGAUUUAACACGAAAACAAGGCUCCAGGUCAUGACCUGGGCCUCGUUUUUGUAUUAAUGCUUAGUUCCAUAUUUAUUGAUCAAAACCAAAAUGUUUUUCAUGCAUGUGUUGAAGAAGGAUGUUCUGCUUCUCUGCGCUUAGCCCAUGAGAAAAAAAACCUGAAAUCCUUUCCAUUAAAGAUGGUCCUAAGUUGAAAACAGUGUAGUUGUGACGUAAUUAUCGAAAGGGUGCAUUAGUACCACAAAUUUUCGUAUUAAUACGUUUGAUAUUUGUUAUUGACACACACUAGCCUGCGAGGCAGGUUCUGGUUAGGGGAAGGAAGAGCCUGCAGUCGCUUCUAAUAAAUUUUCGUGUAUAUCGUUCGUCAUUGGCUAAAGCUCUCAUCACACGUCAAUUAACAGUAAUGUCAUUAAUCAAAAUGGCUGUCAGCAACGACCAGUCCUGUGACGAGGCAUUCGAGGAUCGUUUAGGGCCUGUUUAGAUGAAGACGAGUUACCCGGCAAGGCGAGUAAGUAUUGCAUUGUAUUUGCUGCAUGAUUGCCGCAUGACCCCGAAGUGGUAUCAAAAGACAGAAGGGAUUUUAGUCGUUUGAAACGUCAAAAAAACAUUACAAAAUUUUGUCAUGAUACAAGAAUAAGCGCCAAGAAUUCAGGAAAACUUAUCUAUCGAUACGUAUCUAUAUUUUUGAGCAGUUAUAUUUCAAAUGCAAAGCAAAUAGGCCUACAUUCUAUCUCGGCCAGCCAAGUCAUGUUUACAUGGUAAUAUAUUCAUCCCGCCUGAGCGAUAUCCGGGAACUUGCCAAGGCGUGUUACUCGGCUGCAUCAUGUAAACCCGGGAUUAAUAUUAGUUUCUAUAAUAGCUGGGAUCUCGCCUUUGCUGAGUAACUCACCUUGCUGCCUCACCUUGCUGGGUAACUGUCUUCCAUAUAAACAGGCCAUAAGGGCCAAACAACACCAAUGCUUUCUUGCGUCGACGGAGGCUUAUAUAUAUUUAUGAACGACUUUUUCGACACACAACUUCCAUAAACAACCUUCAAGUUACGAUUACAUAAACGACACACUUCUUUAGGAUUAAAUAAUAUGCAUUCUCUAAUCUUUGCCAUCCCUGUAAAUAUUUACAAUUUGUAGCAUAUAUACAGUACAGCUCGCAAUAUGUUGAAAUCGCAUAUAAUAAUAAUUGAUACAGUAUUUAUUGAAACUCUCUUGCGGUAUUUACACUGAAUUAACGAGUCCAAAGUAUUACUAAAACUAUUUUUACAAAAAUUAAUAAAUACAUAUAACUGUUAAAACUAUGUAUAAACAUUAAAAAUAUUUAAAAGUAAAAAAUUGUUCUGAUCUUAAAGUUCUGCAUUUGAUUAUGUUCUUAAACAAACAGUACUUUGUCUUGGCCAUUUCGUAGGCUAUACCUGCAUUCGCUCAUCUUAGGUUUUGUGAGCAUAAAAUGCAGGGGAUGAUCCUCCUUUAUUGGAGUCAUAUAUUUUUUACAUAACAGUUCAUGCACGUCUGCUCUCCAAUGUUGAUAUCUAUGCCUUCAUCAUCGCGCUUCAUUAUAAUUAUCUAUGGAAGGGAAAAUUAUUCGAAGUGCCCUUCUCUAUUGAUUUUAUCCUUUCACUUAAUUAAGUAGUCAGGGAUCGCUUCCCAUACUAGUACAACAUAUUCCAAUACGGGUCUGAUAUAGUAGUUAGAUACACUUUUAGUAUAUUCCUUUGCUCAACGCCAGCUCUACGAAGUAGGCUACGUGUAGGGAAUAUAGCUUCUUACAAGCUUUUUUGUAGAUAUAAUCAACAUGUUUAUAUCCACUUAAGAUCCUCACUCAGUUGAACUCCAAGUAAUUUAUAAUUGGUCACCCUUUCUAUUACACGUUGCUGCCUUUUACAAAAGGCCUCAUUAUAGAGUUGUUAUUAUUCCUAAAAUUAAUUAGUACCAUCUCCUUGCAUUUAAGUGGGUUGAGACUCAUGUUAUGAUUUACAGAGAAUUGAUGUAAUUCAUCUACCGUAUUGUUCAGAUAACUAAUUGAGUUCCUGGGAAUAAUCUCUAGCGCAGCUGUGUCAUCGACAAGCUUUGUCCUUAAAUGCUAGUCAGAUAUUAGCUUAUUUGUCAUAACCGAGAAAAGCAUAACACCAAGUUUAGUUCUCUGAGGUAUACUACCAUUCGGGGAUUUCCAAUCUGACAAAGUCCCCCCUAUUCUGACAGCCUGUUUUCUAUUGGAAAGGAAAGCGUUAAUCUAAUUAUAUAAGACAGGAUGAUUAUCCAAUUCCAUCAGCUCCUGCAUGAGAACAUGGUGGUCAAUACGGUCGAACCCUUUGCUAAAGUCAGCAAAAAAGAAACGAGCGCAAGUAUUUCCGCUAUCGAGGACCUUAUAAACGAGUUGCGGCAAAAAUAGUAGCGCAUUCGCUGUGGAGUGGCCGUUACGAGCAAACUGACGGGGGUCAAUUUUUCUUGUCAGCUGUGAUAAAAGUCUCCUACAGAAAAAUCCCUCCAUAAUUUUAGCCAAAUUGCAUGUUAGGGAUAUUGGACGUAGGUCGCUUUCAAUUGAUUGUGGUGGGGUUACUUUCGGUAUGGGAGAUAUAAUUGAGGAAUUAAAUAAAUCUGGGAUAUAUGCUUCCUUAAAGGACUGGUUGUAAAUAUCCUGUAUAACCGGAGAAAGCUCCGUAGCAAAUUCCUUUAACACUCUAUUUGGGAGCUCGUCCGGUGCAACGUAUUUGGCUACGUGCAGAGAUGACAAUGAUCGAUAAACCUCUGCUUCAGAAACAAGGAAGUCGUUUGGGACCUGCUGAGUUGGACAAAAAGGCGACAACGGUGGAAAGUUCUCAGUUAUGCUCAAGAAGAAGUCAUUGACUUUAUCUGCGAGUGUUUUAACAUUUCCAUUGUCACCAAGAAAUUGAUAAUGCCACUCCUGUUGAAUGUCUUGUCCCAUUAUAAGACUUUAUUUGUUUCCACCAUUUCGGGGGUUAGUCUGUCCCCGUUCUGCAACUUAUCUGUAUAAUAAUGUGACUUGGCCGCUUUGAUUUCCCUUUGGAUUUUAUUCCUCCAGUGUCUAUAUAUGGACGAGUUUUUAACAUGUCUUUGGAAUGCGGUUUGGCGUUUUCUGAUCCAUUUCUUGAGUUUAUUUGUCAUCCAUGGGCGAUCUGUUUGGUGAACUUUUACUGUCCAUUGUGGAAGAUACAGCAAUCGAGACCUUGCUUUAUUUCUGUGAUGUACAGUUGGAACUUAUCUUCACAGGAGGAAGUGGUAAGGACUGGAUUCCAAUCUUUGUAGGUUAUCCAUCGACCAAACGCACGCCAGACACUAUCCCUCAUAUCGCGAGCUAUAACUUUUUUAGUUACUUGGUUCUUAGAUCCUAGAAGUGGUUUCGCCAGUAUUGUAAAAUGAUCGGAAGAUGCAAUUUUAGCCAACUGAGACAAUUCAAAUGACCUAUUCCGAUUUGUCAGGAACCAAUCCAGGAUACCAGAAUCCCUUGUGUUAAAAGUGAGAAGUUGUUUGAGAUGAUUUGUUUGAGUCAAGUCUUUCGAUUUCAAUCCAGUUGACGUUGGAUUAAAGUCCCCAGUAGUUACUAUUGGAUUAAAGUCGCCAGUAGUUAUAGUUAGGGGGCAUGAAUGAAUAAUUAUUUUCUUCAUCAUGGCUAUUGUUCGAUACGUCAGGGGCGAGCGCUUUGAGCUUUUGUGCAAUUAAACUUCUUUUUUCAUUUUUUCAUGGUGAUGAUUGUUUUUUUAAAUUCGUAAGCACAAUCAUUGAACAAUUAUUUGCCUUGUCGUGGCUGCUGUUCGAUACAACAGGAUCGGACGCUUUGGAAAUUUGUAGAAUGUUCUCUUUUAUUUAUCACAAAUGGACAGAUGGGAUCUAAAGUAGAUAGAAUGCUUUCCAACGACUCAAACCUCGAUUUAAAUAACAAAUUUUCUUGUUUAAGCUCACUAAUGACUUCAGCUUGAAGUUCAAUGAUUUUUACAACUUCUUUAUAUUUUUCCUGCAGCGAUUCAAUUGCAGGCUUCAGUUGAUCACCCGAAACAGGGCCCUCACAGCCGCUUUGCGCUUGUAAUAUUGUUGAUUCUAACUUCAUAUCUUCAAACUCAGCGGCCAGUUCUCUGUUUACACACACAAUUACAUAGUUUCACUUUAGAUCCUUCACUUGCUUGAGCAACCACAUUAUCCCAGUUAUAUCACUUGUUACAACUGUUUCCGCAAUAUCUUUUCCCCUCAGGCUUAGCACCGACUCAUCCUGGUAGGGUUUAGAGCAGGGGUUUCAGAUUGAUUUGAAGUAGGCGGUUGUACCAAAAAAGUAGCCGGCUGUGACCAUGAUAGCUAAAAAAUCGCGCGGGGAGGGGAACGUGCCCUGGCAUACCCUGGAUUCCAGAGCCUUCAGUAAACAAUAAAUUGAAACGUCGCGAAGGCUCUGGUUCAACGGGAGGAUUCUUUGAUGAAACCGCGCCAAUCACAAAACAGAAUUAGUAGUUUUAGUACAGAAUCUGUACUAAAACCACUAAUUCUGUUUUGUGAUUGGCGCGGUCAAAGAACCCUCCCGUUGAAGCAGAGCCUUCACGACGUUUCAAUUUAUUAUUUACUGAAGGCUCUGGAAUCCAGGGUAGCCCUCGCAUGGAAAUUUAAAAAAUUUUCACCGCAAAUUAACAAUCAAAUAAUAUAGAAUACGUAAAAAGACAAAGUACAACUGUUAACAUUUUAGAUUUAGAUGUCAUUUGCAUUUAUACUUCCAAGUGACAAUGUACUUUAAUGUGCUACUAGUAGUUUAAUUUUUACAGCUGCACGAACAGAAUGACAAUUGUACACUACAGUAAUAGUAUUAAUUUGUGAGUCCGAAAUCAUUAAUCAAAUGAUGUUUUACUUAUGUGCGUAUAAUGAACUUCACUUCAUCACUUGUUCUUUCUUUUGCUAUGUUUGGUACUAUAUGUAUUAUUAAUUUACCUUAUUGAUCUAACUUCCAAAGUAAGUGAUGUCUUGCAUGAAUUCAGGGCUUGAAUUUUAUCGCGGCAAUUGCCGUAGAGGGAGAACAAAUUGCAGUGGAUCAUUGUCAUUGCGGCAACGACGGCAAUUUUUGCCGUAUAGUAUAAUUUUUAAACUGUUCACUGUGCUUUACUAUUUUGAUACUUGAAUUCAGAUGUUGAUCAAAUCAUCCGUGAAUUACUAUUUUAGUAUCAGUUUUCUUCGAAAAAAAAAACACUAAAGAAAUACGUAAACUGAUGUUUCUAGCUUGUCAGCAAUCCAAAGUAACAAUAAAAUUAAAUUGUUAUUACAAUAAUUUGAAAAAAAUGCCGUGGAAACUGACAAAAUUGCCGUAGACAGCUGUUACGUUCUACGGCAAUUUUUAACGCCAUUGCCGUCGAUUGAUUUCUGGGAAAUUCGAGGCCAACUUGAAUUCCAAUUAGAACAUAACAAACAUCGUGUUGGUUCGCUUGUACCUUUGUAUAUAAAAAUUUUCGUGUGACCGGACGCAACUAAGUAGCCGGCAGUAAAAGUUCAAGUAGCCGGCGGAACUCUUCCGGCUUAUUCUGAAACCCCUGGUUUAGAGUUGUUUUCUUGGGGGCUUUCACUUACUACACUUGUUGGGAGCUCUUCGCUUGCGUUUUGCGACUGCAGCGAUCCCGGUUGCUGAGACACUUCAACGUACAUGCUAUUUUCGUCAUGUUUAUUGUUUUCGAUUAGUAUAAAUUUUUAUUCAUUGCUAUUUCCGUAGUCUACGAGUCGCCUUGAAGUACUAAAUAUCGCAAGCCACGUGCGUGAUUGACAUUUCGCAAGAGGUAAACAACAAAAUUCUGCUCUGUUAUGAUUGAUCAAUCUACAGGGUGUAUCAAAAUAAACGCAAUUCAUCUUUUGUGCUUAAUAACUUUCGAAAUACUAUUUCUAGUUAAACGCUUUUAGGCUUAAUUCAAAGCCUGUUCUUUUCUCUUUCAAACAAACUAUUAUCCUUAUCUCCAAUGCUAGUAAUAAUUGCACAGGAAAAGAUUUAGUAAAACCUAUCAUUUUUAGUUGCUGUUUAAUUAUGCAAGUUUACUAUGCUAUUGUUUAGUCGGUUUAAAUGUUAGAAAUUUCUUCUUUAAACUUUAAUGUCGUCGUCACUACAUCUGGAAAACCACGUAAGAAAAAAUUAAAAGUAUUUUAAAAGAGACCAGGUUGUUUGAAAAUCCUAAACGAAUGCUAAAAAUCGUCAAAACAUUCUGGUGUCUGAGCCAGAGUGUCAUCGAAUUGCGAUGUAAUGUAAACAGAAAUUAUAGCAAGUUGAUGUCAGUCAGCUUAGAUGGUCCAAGCCAAAAUUAUAUCGCAUUUGAAGUUUCAAACUGAGUUAAAAAUAGUGGAAGAAAAGCCGUAAUUAUACUUAUUGUUACAAUCCAUUUAAUAAAAUGCAACAUUUUUUUGUUUUAAUGAAAAAAUCAGUUAUUUUCAUGAGAACGAUUUGUUAUUCCAUCUCAAUUUUUUUAAUCUCCAAUCGCAAUAACGUAAAGUAUUAUUACCCGCGAACCAAUGAGUCAAAUUUAAGAAACAACCCACUGUUAGAAAGCUGAAUGGCUACGCUUUAAAAUGAAUGUAAACUUUAACGUUUUCGUCUAUUAUUUGUUUAGCAAUUUACAUUUCAGUCGAGGAUUGCGCUUUUUUUGAUACACCCUGUAUAGAGCGAAUUUGAAUUUAUUAUAAGGGGCGGCACGAAAAUUUAUUAGAAGCGACUGCAGGCGCUUCCUUCCCCUUACCAGAGGCUCCUCGCAGGCUAAUACAUACAUAUACAUAACCUCCUUGGCUGUGGUAAUAGGCUAAUAGCUAGCUUUAGGAUUAUCGAAUUGAAUUAUCUGAAUUAAAAGCAAACGCGAAUUUAAAUAUAAAACUUAAUACUUUAGUCGAAUACUGUAGAUAGAUAUAUGUGUUCUAUCGAGUGGUUGCUGUUUGAAAUUCAGAACAGCCUAUUAAGUACAUAUAUACAAGUUGGUUUGCGACAGCGAUCAUGGAAACAUUUGUUGUGGAUGGUUAGGAUCAGAUUCAAUCGUUGACCGGGUCAUUUGAAAUCUUUCCCAGAAGGAGAAAAUAGCAUUUCAAAGAAUGUAAAUUUCAAUUUUUUCCCGGCGAUCGAUCAUAACCCCGGACUCCUCUAGAACUCUGUGCAGUUAAAAAGAGUUCUCUAUACUCGACAGACCUGACAGAUUUUAUUGUGAAAGUGGUGAUUUUUGCGUAAUUCGCGAAAAUGCAAUAUUAAUUGAAGUUUAGUAAAUGUGCGCGUGUACAUGGGCUAAUAUAGACCAAGCUAAUGAUUCAGCGACGCCCCUGGGUAAUAAAAACAUUUUUCCGUUUUAGAUUGGUGGCUGAAAGAGAAGCAUGGCGGCCAUUAUUUAACCGGGUGCUGAACAGUGUUCAGGAUAUUCUGAAACGAAACUACGGUGGACAAGUAUCGAUGAAACAUUUUGUAAUUUUUUGAAGAACUAUAGAAGAACAGAUUUUGAAGAACAUAUAUUCCGCCAGCGAAUAUAUGUGAGCCAAUAAUAAUUAUAUAGGUAAUGAAUGGUAAACAAUUUGCCAUUUCACAUAUCAUGUCCUUCAGAAGCUUUCAUGUUGAGAAAACAGCUAAUUUCAAGCAUACAUUUAGUAUCAUCUAUUAUUUCGUAGUUUGAGGGUGGGAAGGGGAGGAGAGCUCUAUCCCAUUUCCCAGCAAUUUGUUAAACGAAAUCUCAAAUGUAAUUUGUAAACUCAUAAUACUAAACCAAAUAUGUACCACCCGAAAAUGGUGCGUUUUUCCGUUCGUAAUACUAAAAUACUGAAAAUGUGUUAAUUUCACAGGGCUGUAUUUUUCGUAUUUUACAACAUUUUGCAACCAAAAUUUGCACUUUUACUAAUUUUAGGAUGC